AUGGCUCCAGCGAACGUUGUUCACCUGCCCAAUGGCCAGAACCUGGCUGUGUCGCCAGUAUUUGGCGGACUUUUCUUCAAGGCCAAUGACAUGCUCAAUUCCCACUCGCCAUUUCCUCCUGGCUGGACUGUCGUACUGAACUCAGAGGAUGAUAUCGACCCCGCAGAGGCAGAGCAAGAUGAGAAAACCGAGCAGACCGGACUCCCUCGACACGUACACCGGUACAAGCGACCCACGCUGACCGGCGACCACCUCUACAUCUCCUCCGUGUCAAACCCUAGCAGCAAUGAGUUCAGGGCUGCAGCGUCGCCGACGCGCCAUAUCGCCAUGAUGCUCUGGGCGACCCUGUACUGGUACUUCCACCAGCGAGAACCAACACUGCAAGUCACGAACGCAUUGUCAAAGAAUACGGCAGACUCCGGUAAGCCAAAGGGCGAGUGGAGGAUCAGCAUCAAUCGCGAGGGCAUCUUCAAGGGCAAGGUCGUUUUGCCCAAGCUCGAGCGCAUGGGACUGAUCGCCAGUGAGGACUCAACAGUGGGCUGCGCUCAAGAGGAGUGUGCGCAUGAAGGCUGGACGCAAAUGUUCGUCAGUCGCAGGAGCUUCUGGCAGCUUGAUCCGCGCAUUUACCUGUUCACUCUCUCGCCCAUGGCUAACUCGCCGUUCCCAUCGGGCUCGCCAUACCCCUCACGGCCCUCGUCGCCGGUGGGUAAAGGCGAAGACAAGAAGGAACAUCAGCUCGAUCAGACGUCACCAGGCCUGUGGUCACCCACCGCACCUGGACCGUUUCACUCCAGCUCGCACCUGCCGACCUAUUAUCCGCCGCCGCCGACCCAGUAUGUCAUCUCGAACCACGUUCGACACCCUAUACGCCCGAAGCCUCCACGACAAGGCGAGGUUCUAUACACGCGCUACAUCCCCAGCGUCGGGCAAUACCUCUCCUUCCGCGUUGCGUCCAUCUCGUCGAAGCCGCUGCGACAUCGCGGCCCCAUCUCCUCUGCCGAAAACGCUUCGCACCGUCUCAGCGGGCAGUUGCCAGCCGAAUCGAUCGUGUCAACAAUGGAGUCGCUAAAGGUUGAUAUGUGCGACUCUGAAUACCUGCACAAGUGGAUGAACGACCCUCGAGUGUCGCACUUUUGGGGCGAGGCAGGGCCACGGGAACACCAGGCGGAGUUCCUGCGGAACGGCCUGAAGUCCAAGAACUCCUUCCCUGUCAUAGGCUGCUGGGACGGCAAGCCGUUUGGCUACUUUGAAAUCUACUGGGUCAAGGAGGAUAAUCUGGGCAAAUACGUACCUAAUGUGGGCGACUACGAUCGAGGCUUUCACUGUUUGAUCGGCGAGCAAGAGUUCAGAGGCGCGCACAGAGUCAGACUCUGGAUCAGCGCACUCGUUCACUACUGCUGGUUGGCGGAUAACCGCACAGAAAGAGUGAUGCUCGAGCCGCGAGUGGAUAACGAGAAACUGGCGAAGUACCUCCAAGAAUCUGGUUUCUACAAGGAGCGCGAAGUCAGCCUCCCACACAAGCAGAGCAAUUUGUUCAAAAUCAACAGGGAUGUCUGGAAAGGUCCGUCGCUGUAA